CACUUGGACCACACAAGGCUAGCUGGACACAAGUGUGUGAGUGAGUAAAAGCUGCUGCCAGUGCCUGAAAUGAAGGUGAAAGCCGAAUCUCAGUAAAAUCUCAGUGCUGGUGCAAGUGCUACGAUGAACCUGACAGAAGUUCACGGCGGGAGCCUUUUUAAUGAAGCGAAUGCAUCUGACAAUGUUACCCUGGCCAUCCUGAACAUGCAGGGACCAAUGAACAAGACAGUCAAUAUACUGACUGUCCUCAACCUUUUUAUCACCAUGAUAUCCCUGGGCUGCACAAUGGAGAUUUUCAAAAUUAAGGCCUAUCUCUUCAAGCCAAAAGGAGUAGCCAUUGCCCUGCUGUCCCAGUUCUGCAUCAUGCCCAUCACCGCUUUCAGUCUCGCCAAAAUCCUGCAGAUGGAGCCCAUAAAGGUGGUGACGGUGCUUAUCUGUGGGUGCUGUCCCGGGGGAACCUUAUCAAACAUUUUUUCUCUUGUUGUGAAAGGCGACAUGAACCUCAGCAUUGUGAUGACCACUUGCUCCAACAUUGCAGCGCUGGGUCUGAUGCCUUUGCUGCUGUAUGUCUUCUCUCAAGGCUUCACUGGAUUGGAAAAUGCUGUGCCAUAUGCCGGCAUCCUCACCACUCUUGCUUUCACCCUGGUGCCUUGUGCUUUUGGCAUCGCUAUUAAUCACUUCAAACCAAACGCCGCAGUGAUCGUCAAAAAAGUUGGUCUCAGUAUUUUGAUCAUCUCCAGCAUCAUUAUUUGCACCCUGUCCUUCCAUAUUGUCAAAAAUGUAAUAUGGAUGAUCCUCAUGCCCGAUGCUCUUAUUGCGGCUUCACUGAUGCCCCUGAUUGGCUUUACGCUGGGAUAUGUCAUGUCUGUCUUAUGCAGACUCAGUCCACAAUGCAGCAGGACCAUCUCCAUGGAGACUGGAUGUCAAAACAUCCAGCUGUGCGUUGCCAUCCUAAAGGUGGCCUUUCCUCUUGAGGUUAUUGGGCCCAUGUUUCUCUUCCCUCUGUUAUAUAUCACAUUCCAGUGCGCUGAGGUCUUUCUCUUCGCUCUGGGCUUCAGAUGUUAUCAAAGAGUCAAGCCACCAGCUGAGGAUACAGAAAAACAGGAAGACCAGAUUGUUGAUCCUCAAGAUAAAGAGGCGAGGCGACCAUGAGAGCAUCAAUGAUGAUAUCCCAGCGCUGGCGACGGGUACAAGGAACCGAUUCGUACGUAGAGAAUAAAGCCACCCAGUGCCCUUACUUUAUAAAUGUCAUCUGCCUGUUCAAAGAUCAGGGCUGUGACACUGAAGGAAGGACUGUGGAAGGAUUUGCAACCGUCCCGUGGGUGUGUGUGGGUGGGUGUGUGUGGGUGUGGGGGGGGUGGUUUCUCUUUAUAGCGAUUAUUAAAGUGUCAUCUGCUCUUUUCACUCAGAUGUAUCUCAUAUGCGACAAUGACAAAACUGUCAAACGGCCAACUGUAACACCUCAAAUUAUAUUUAAUUAAAAUGAGUGUGGGAUAUAUACAGAGGAAACUUAAAUCUUUUGUUUUUUUACAUAUAUUAAAAUACCAUUUUCACACAAAAAAAAUAAAAUCCAUUCAUCAAUCCCAAGGUAAACUCAAUGGACCGUCAAACAAAGUGAACACUUAACAUUACACUAUCUGUACACUUAUUUUUUUUUUUUUUGCGUUGGAUCUUCCCAACGACAUUUACAGUGUCACAUAUAACGUGCCUGCAGUAGAUUUCAAAGUGAAGCUGCAAAGUAAAAAUAUCUACUUUUUAAGGUUUCCAUGAGCUGUAGAGGGAAAAAAAAAAAAAAACAAAAGCAAAAAGAAGCCAUGGCUGAUCAACAGCGUUUUGGGCACAAAUAAAUUAAAUACACCUUUUAACUUCCCAUUUAGAACCAAAACAGGAAUUCCCAAGCAGCCUGAAUAAAUUAAUAA